ACAGCCCCCCUGAGAUGACAGUACAUCCCCCCUGAGAUGUCACCACAGCCCCCCUGAGAUGUCACCACAGCCCCCCUGCGCCCUAUCCGUUCAAAAUCCAUCACUUGGCUGUGGAUAAGUGCUGUGACUGUUGGUGUAAACCGUUUAUCCUGAUCUGUGGGUUAGGGGCUUGGAGAAGUGGUGGAAGAGGGGCCAUCACAUAUGACACCUAUUUACCAAAGACAUGGAUGCAUUGUGUUGGGUGUGUUCAGGAUUAAAAACCAGAAGUUUAUGAUUCAUAUUAGAGACUGCUGUGUGUCCGUGUUUAAUAAACACAUUUAGGCGAAACACUGCUGUCACUUUGGUUUUCUGGAUCAUUCUCUGUGUGUGUGUUUGUGUGUGUGGGGAAACCUGACUCUAUGUGUGGGGAAACCUGACUCUGUACACACUCCACACCUGUGAUAGUACAGCUAAUCAGCACUGUCCCGAAACAACGCUUUCCCUUGAUCCCAUCCAUCUCUUGAGUCGGUUGAACAACUGUAUUACAGUUAAUUCCAUGACUUCAUUAAUGCACAAUAAUUGCUACAUAAUAUCACGUCAUGGUGAACAUCUGUGUGGGAGGGGCUAUGGCCCCACCUGCUUUCUAUGAAUAAUAAGCCCACGUGCCCCAGUUGAUCAAUGAAUAAUUCAAAUGCCCAGCUCGCUCACCUGAACCCCGUCAGAUGUCACAUCUGACUGCAGCCACAAACAAUACGUUUUCUGCAUUUGUUCUGUUGGCUUAAUACAUUUACGAGCCGGUGAGUCUGUUUUUUUUGCUGUACAGUGACUGUGAGAGUGUUUUCUUUAAAAGAGCCUUGUGUUAUGACAAGUUGAAUUGUAUCACCGUUUUUAUUAUUGAGGGAAUCUCCUGUCAUUCAUUGGAAAGUUACUGCAUGUUCACAAUAUCAGUUUGGUUGACCAGCUCAACUGAACUGUUUGUAGUAAGUGCAUUUUAAUCGAUUAAUUCGUAAUUGGCAAAUAUCAGUUCUGGAAAGAAGAACCAUACUAAUGAUAAAUAUAAUAAUAAUAUUGCAAUUUGUUUUAUUAAUAUUGAUUGGUUGUUGGUUAGGUUCACUGUUAGAAGCCAACUUUGUGGUGUGUUUGUGUGCUUCAGUGUGAUACCGUGUUUACCCAAUAUAAGUUGCUAUAAUAUCAGUGUUGCAUGCAAUCCCCAGGGCAGUGAAUUGCCCUGCAUUUGGUACUGUCUUUUGGAUGGAAUCUUAAACGGGUGACUCUGUGGUCACUGAAGAUCCCACGGCAACUAUCGUAAUUGUUGGCCUGUUAAUCCUGUUGUCCUGACUGAAUUUUGAAUCUGUUCCUCAAAACAUUCUGGCCUCCUGAUCAUCCCCAGCUUCCAGUUGGCUUGUUAUUCAGCUCUCCACUCAGUCACAAACAAUAACAAACUAAAGUCACUCUGGAUAAAAGAGAAAGCUAAAUUACUCACAUUUAAAUGGGUGUUUUUCCAUUGCAGGAUUACAAUGGUGUCGGGUGCGAUAGUGCUGGCCUUCCUCCCCCUUGUGCUGACUUUUAUUAUUCGAUACCGUUACUACUUUGUCUUGUUCUACCGGGCUGUGCUGGUGAGGAUCUGGUAUGACUGUAAGACGGGCUUGAGCCGCGAAGAGAGGGCGUUCCAGUACGUUCUGACCCAUGCCACGCCCGGUGAUCCUGAAAGCAUCCUAGAAACCUUUGACUUGUGGUGCAGCACUGUGGAGUUCAUCAGCAACAUCGGCCCUAAGAAAGGUAAGAUAAUGGACCGGAUUCUUUCUGAGCACUGCCCUCUGAAUGUGUUGGAGCUGGGUUCCCACUGCGGGUACAGUACGGUCCGUAUCGCCCGGGCACUGCCCCUUGGCGCCAGGCUCUACAGUGUGGAAAUGGAUGCAAGAAAUGCUGCCAUUGCGGAGAAGGUCAUACGCCUAGCGGGCUUUGACGACGACAUGGUGGAGCUGAUAGUAAGUCCGUCCGAUGAGGUAAUCCCAAAAUUGCGGUCAGAAUACGGUCUGGAGCGGUUGGACUUGGUGUUCAUGGACCACUGGAAGAAAUGUUACCGUAAUGACCUUCAGGCCCUGGAAGGCUCCGGCCUGCUGGGGAAAGGCUCUGUGGUGCUGGCAGACAAUGUCCUGUUCCCUGGUGCGCCCAAUUUCCUCAAACAUGUCCGCAAGAGUGGCUUGUAUGAGUGGAAGAUCCACAGGGCCACUCUGGAGUACAGCAAGGGCAUCAGAGAUGGUAUGGCUGAGCUGGUUUACCAGGGCAUCAAGUAAGGGGUGGGGGACAAAGGCAGCCACACUCGCCUAUUACGUCUCUACAAACAACACCAGUUUGAGGGCAACGUUACCUCUAGUGGAUGGACAAGGUUUCCUGCUUGUUCCGAGACUACUGGAAUUUUGUCUAGCACCCCCUUGUGGUUGAAUCUCAGAAGACUCACUGUGGUGGGUAGUACAAUACAUCCAGCAAUGAUGUAGAGA